AUGCAAAGAUUGCGAUGGAUUUGGUCGCUAAUCUCAGGCGCGUUCAGUGAAAACAAACAAGGGAACACUAUCAUUGAAAAGCAGGUCAGCUGGAUCCGGACCCCGCCCCCCCCCCCGGCUUUACACCCAGAUUACAUUCAGGUUUGGGGCUCUUGCCUCCAUGUCCGGCUGGUGAACCUCUGGUCUCUGUGCGCGGGGAACCUAGAGGUCUUUGCAGGUAGCCAACGACUCUUUAAUCUUGCGUGUCAACAAAGCUAGCAGCUCAUUUGGGCCAGGGCGACUCUGCCCUCAGCCUGGCGUGUUUGCGCGCUCGCGCUUUCUCGCUGCGGCCGGCGGCAACUCCCACGGCCCAUCAGCGCGCGGGGACAGGCAGCGCCUCUGCGUGCACGUCUGAACGCAGCUUAUCUCCCGUCACGGGGCCAGCGACUGCGCCGAGGCCGCGCCUCUAUAGAUGUGGGCGCGCGGAUCCCACCCUUGUUCCCCCUUCGGGUUUGAUUCAAAGCGCCUUUAACCAGCGUUUUUUCCCCACAGGCCGCCCCCGCCUGCGAGGGCUUUCCUGGAGCAAACCGUCGCCCGAGGCGGCGUUUCUCCAGCGCGUGUGCGCGAAGAAGCGGGAGAAGGACGUCGUGAGGAGGAGGACGAGGCGGUGCAACGCCCGCUUAGUAGGAAAGGUAGCAUAAAAUAAGAACGAAACGCCCGUCUCCUGCCUCUCCAAGGGAGCAAGGAAAACGAGCCCUCGUCCCCCAUCUUGUUUCUCCCGUUUCGCGGCCUGAGGAGGCGUCGCCCGCCCUUGAGGCGCGCGCGAGGCGGCGGCGGAGGUGGGGGGGCGGUGAGGCCUGAGGGAGCGGAGAUCCCUCCGCCUCCGUGAGUCGCCGGCGGCGGCUGAGACUCGAGGGCGGCGCCGCCCGCCCCUUGCCCUCCUCCUCCCGCCUGCUCCGCUCCUCCCUCGGCCCUGGGCCUGCGUCGGGUGUGAGGAAGGGGGGAAAGCCCCGAGGGCGCCCCGUCCCUCCCUCUUUCCCCUCCCUCCAGUCUCUCGCUCUCUCUCUCUCUCUCCCCCUCAGGUGGAGAUAGUUUCUAG